AUGCAAACUGGCGCUCUCAUUCAGCAUGGCGGAUUUGAAGAACUUCAAAAUUUAACUGCUCUUCCAAGGAUCAAAAUCUUCCAGAAAGGAUCCAAAAUUAGGCCUAGUUUGCCCAGUAUACGACAAUUGCUUUGUGAUAUCAAUGCGCGAAGUAGCGAAAACAAUUUCUCAAGCAACGGCAAUUGUAAAGCUCCAGUUCAAGCUCAUGUGUUCUCCUCACUAAGCCCUGCCGAGAUGGAAACAUCUACGAGAUACGCGAGGUUGUCCCAAAAUGAAGGUUUGCGAUUCGCUCCGACACUUUCUGGGGCGUCGCGGCCUAAUGCCGCUACUUACCAAGUCUCCAAAAACAGCUCUGUUGACAAAACUCAGCAUGUGCCGCUUCGGGCUAACACGUUAGCACCUCACCCUACAGUCUUUCCGGGUAGAGCAAGCAGACCAACCGAAGAGCUUUUGAAGCUCGCUUACCUCGUAGAAACGCCUUCUUUGGGGGGUAAUGGGGCUGAUGACGCUCUUAUACAGCUCAACAAGGACUAUCAACUGAAAAUCGCGGAAACACUAGAGAGUCUUCAGAUACUUUAUCACCAUAUGCAGGAGUGGCCGUUGUCACUGCACAGCAAAGACAUGAAAGAUCACGAUGCUUUUGCGCUCUUGAUUGAUUAUGUCUCGCCAGAUAGUUUAAAGCUAACUAUCAGGAUGGCCAGACGUGCUUUCGAGUCUCUGAGAUCAAUCGAGCAGUGGAAGUUGAAAUACAAGAAGCUUCACCCAAAUCUUCCCAGAUGCCAAAGCGGUAAAGUGAUUAAGAAAAAUAACCCGUCACGCAUGAACGAUGCUGUAAAAACCAAAAAACGUCAGUUUGAAUUUCAGAAGUCAAAGCAAGUCGAUAGCGGGAAUACUUCAGUCACUGCCGUAAACGACUAUAAUGGAGCGUUGAGGAGUAAUUUCCAGUGUGUGCCAGUGACCUUGCCAAAUCCAGAGAGCAGUUUGUCUUCCGCAGGACUGCAAUGCGCACAUUGUUCAACCACCAAGACACCUGAGUGGAGAAAAGGACCAUACGGAAAGAGAAGCCUCUGCAACGCUUGUGGGCUUUUUUACAAAAAACUCGUCAGAAAGUUUGGGGACAGUCAGGCUGGUAGAAUCAUGAAAUACAGAAAAAUGAGUUCAAAUAGUGAUCGAAAAGUUCCCAGGGUGUUCGACGUUCCCGACUCUGAGUAA